GAAGAUGUAUCCCAUCUCAAGUGCGAUACAAGUGGAGCAGAUCCGAUUAUUCUCGUUCCGCAACCCAGCGAUGACCCGAAUGAUCCUCUGGUAUGGCUUGGACAAUCCGCGGGGUAGCUUUCAAAGCUAAUGAUAAGCGCAGAAUUGGCCGCUGUGGAAACGCGAUGUGAUAAUGUUGGUAUUGUCCCUGACGGCAAUCUUCGCAACGGCACUAGGUCCCAUCUUAGCUGCGAAUACCUUGUCGAUCUCAGAAAAAUAUGGAAGAACAGUCACAGAUGGGGCUCUCCUGACAGGAUAUUUCCUGUUGGGGGUUGGGUUCGCUGGAACCUUCUUCGUGCCCUCGGCGAGGAAAUGGGGCAAGAGGCACUUGCUAAUCUUUGGGACUAUACUGCUGGUUGCCUCGAGUGCCUGGGCUGGCGCCGCCGGGCUGAAUUAUACGAGUAUGCUAUGGGCCAGGAUCUUUCAGGGCGUUGCCAAUGCGCCCUUCGAGGCUCUCAUCAACGCAAUCGUGGGAGAUCUGUAUUUCGUUCAUGAACGCGGCAAGCGUAUGGCACUAAUGAAUUUUGCCCUCUUCGGCGGUGCAUUCUUCACCCCCAUCCUCGCGGGUAAGAUCUCAAACAACAUGGGCGUGCCGUGGAUUUUCAAUUUCGUAGCCAUAUUCUGCGCGCUGUGCCUCCCAGGAAUAAUAUUCUUUGUCCCAGAGACGGCAUACCGACGCGACCCGCGCCUAAACACAGACAUGCUAGCAGCCAGUGAAAGCACUCAAGAUGUGACCCUCAACUCCGGCCUAGAACGUACCACAACGAAUGGCGACGGUAGCGGCAGCGGCACCAACGGCAACGAAAACGAGAAAUCCGACGACACCCCCGCCUCAACAGAAGCAGCCAUACCACCCUACCUCUACCCCGGCGCCGACACCCCCAAGCGCACCUACAUCCAAUCCCUCAAGCCCUUCAACGGGACCUACACCGACGAGAACUUCUUCAAGAUCCUCCUCCGUCCCUUCCCCCUCUUCUUCCACCCCGCCAUCCUCUGGGCCUGCCUCAUCCAAGGCACCCUGAUCGGCUGGACCAUCUUCAUCGGCAUCCUCGUCGCCUCCAUCUUCCUCGGCGCGCCCAACUACUGGGGCGAAGUCGAGAGCGGGUACGCGUACACGGGCCCCUUCAUCGGGGCUUUAAUCGGCUUCCUGAUCGCAGGCGCGCUGGCGGACUGGAGCGCCAAGUUCAUGACAAGGCGCAAUGGGGGGAUUUAUGAGCCGGAAUUCAGGAUCGUGCUGGUGAUCCCGCAGCUGGUGUUUGGGUGUGCGGGUCUAUACGGGUUCGGGAUCGUGGCGACGGAUUUGACGAGGUUUCAUUGGGCGUGGGCGGUUUUCUUUUACUGUUUGGAGGUUAUGGGGAUGGUGGUGGGAGCGGUGGCGAGCUCGCUUUAUAUCAUUGAUGCGCAUCGUAACAUCGCCAUCGAGGCAUUCACGUGCCUCCUCAUCUUUAAGAAUUUCUUCAGUUUCGGGCUCACAUUCAUGGCCUUCAAGUGGGUGAGCACCAACGACACGCGAUAUGUGUUUAUGGUCAUCUCGACCGUGCAAGUCGUCGUCUGCCUGCUCAGCGUCCCAAUGUACAUCUUUGGGAAGCGAAACAGGAGCUUCUUUCACAGACACGAUAUCCUGAAGAUUACGCGUCUGGAUUAACUGUUGCUCCUCGGAUAUGCGUCGUUAGAGGCGUUUGCACGGUGUUAAUUGGAGCAAGGGAACUGGUCAUGGCUAGGGCAUGACAAUAAUUUCUGUCGGGAUUUAAUUCGUCGAGGGUUAAAAGGGCUAAACAAAUGGAUGGGCAUAAUAAUCUAGCAGUAGUCUUCUCAGUCCCGGCGAGGGCCGAGCGCUAUCAGCUAUCAAUCUCAACCCCACUCAAACGAUAUAUUUUAAUCCACCUGAUCCCCAGAGAGAAGAUUCCCAUUAUAAAUAAAU